GUUUUAAGUGCGGAAAGUGUAACGUAGUGCAAUUACGAAAAGUCCUUGCUGGUUGGGCCUGAGAGGAACUUGGAUCGAACAGGAUCGAAUAGUUCCGUAUUUAGCAAAUAUUAGCGAACGAAAUACGAAGAUCUACAUAAAAACAUGCCAUCCGUGACGUUAAAAGAUGUGGACCAGCAGAAAUUCGUGAAGGCGUUUGCAGCUUUCCUUAAAAAAACCGGUAAGAUGCGCGUGCCGGAAUGGGUAGACAUCGUGAAGACGGCCAAAUUCAAGGAAUUAGCACCUUAUGAUCCUGACUGGUACUACAUCAGGUGUGCAGCUCUGGUACGUCACAUUUAUAUCCGCAGUCCCAUCGGAGUUGGUGCGGUCACCAAGAUUUUUGGUGGACGCAAACGUAACGGCACCCAUCCCAGCCACUUCUGUCGGUCAGCGGGCAGUGUUGCACGCAAGGCGCUUCAAAGUUUGGAACAGUUGAAACUUAUUGAGAAGGCACCUCUCGGCGGACGAAAACUGACCAGUCAGGGACGUAGAGAUCUAGAUCGUAUCGCCGCGCAAGUUAAGGCCAAGACCAAAAAGCUUAAACUUCAAGAGACAAUUGUAAUUUAAUACUCUUUUCUUGCAAUAAAAUUAAGAAUGUAAAA